AUGGUGUCGAAUCGUGAUUAUAUCGAUUAUAAUAAAUCUGAUGAAGAGAAAAUUGCUAUAAAAGAGGAAGUUGAUGGCAAUUCAACAAAAGAUUAUGAUGAAAAAGAAUCAACAAAUUCAAUCAGUAGCAUGUCUAAUGUGUCUAAUGAUGAUUUUGAACUUCAGUUAGAUGACGAAAAGUCUUUAUUAACACCAGCAACACCAACUUAUAUUGAGAAUGAUCCAAGAAAUUGGUCAAAUACAAAGAAGUCAACCAUCCUUAUUGUGGUAUCUAUCUCGGGAAUGCUUUCGCACAUUGCAAACACAAUAUUUUUUCCGGCGAUAUUGGUCGUACAAGAAGAAUUGCACACUACGGAAACGCUUAUAAACACAACAGUUGCCGUAUUUGUAUAUAUCAUGGGAAUUGCCCCAUUAUUUUGGGCGUCAUAUUCAGAUUUAAGAGAAACCAGAAGAAAAGUGUAUAUAGUGGCUAGCAUAAUGUUUAUUAUAUCAGCAUUUUUAUGUGCGUUUGCAUCUAAUGUUUGGUUAUUAAUGAUCCUUCGUGCAAUACAAGCGACUGGUUCAUCAGCUGUAUUAUGUAUCGGUGCAGGAACGCUUAGCGAUAUUUACGUCCCAACAGAACUUGGUACAGCCUAUGGAUUAUUUUAUUUUGGAUUCUUCAUAGGACCGUUAAGUGGACCAUUGAUUGGAGGAUAUUUGACACAAUAUCUUCAUUGGAGAGCGAUAUUUUGGUUCUUAACGAUAUAUGGAAGCAUAUUACUUUUUAUAAUAUAUCACUUGUUACCAGAAACCUCAAGGCCGAGACAAAUUCCGUUGCCAAACAUAAAAUCCGAAGACUUGAUAUUAUUACCUCCACUUUCACCAAAGAAAAAUUAUAAUCCAUUGGCACCAUUAUCAUUAUUAAGAUAUCACAACCUUACGUUAGUAAUUUUAUAUAAAGUUUGGGUAACCUCAACGAUUUACGUACAGAACAUUCUUAUACCGGAAAAAUUUGCUAUAACUUAUGGGUUAACAGCGUCGCAAACCGGAUUGGUAUUCUUGGCUCCGGGUAUUGGAUUGAUGAGCGGAAGUUUGGUCGGUGGUAGAUUAUCUGACUAUGUAUUAAGGAAAAAAAUGAGAGAACGUGACGGAUCUUACGCACCCGAAUUAAGAUUACAUAGCGCUUGGCUUGGUGUUAUUUUGAUUCCAACGGCUUACUUUUCUUUUGGUUGGUUGCUCGAAAGUGACGCAUGUAUCGUAUAUCCGCUAAUUGCGAUGUUUUUGGGUGGGUUUGGAACGUUAAUGGCAUUUAAUCCAAUAUCAACCUACUUGGUAAAUUCUUACCCGACACGUAGUGCAUCUGUCGUGGCAUUAAAUAAUUUUAUGAGGUCCUUGGUGGCGGGGAGUAUGUCUGCUCUUGCUGCUCCAUUAAAUCAUUCGAUAGGCACUGGUUGGAUCUUUACUUUAAUGGCUGGUGUGAAUAUUUUUACUCUGUUCUUCUUAAUCUUGGUUUAUCGUAAUGGUAAAAAUUGGAGGGAAAGAAUACGUAGAGAAAAUCCUACAUGA